AUGAAUGCUCUUUACAAUCAUGCAGUGAAACAAAGAAAUUUGCUUCAGAGAGAUCUUGAAAAGUUCGAGAGGGAACUAUUUACUGCUCCAAUAUCACUACAAGGUUCAAUUGCGACAGCGUUGGUUUCUUUAGAAAAGUCUAUCGACCAAUAUAAAAAUCAUUUGGCCAAGUUUGAAACGGUUUUACAAGACGAUAACAAAGAGGAUCAUAUCAAGUAUCAAACGAGAUUAUCAUCCCUAGAAAAUACCCUUACUGAGAGUAAGGAACUGUUUCAUAGACUUCGGCAGCAAUACAAUUCUAGUUCUGCUAGGGAACAGAUAUUCAAUAAUGCAACGGGGGCUGCAUUUGAUGAAGGUGUUACUACUACAAAUAAAAGAAGUGUACCCUCACAGCAGCAAUUGCCUAUGCAAUUGGACAGUCAAAGAAGCACCAUACAUUCUUCAGGGGGGUUACCUUUAUAUGAAGGUCUUAAGAAGGAACAUUCCAUAUUCGCCCGUACUAACUCCCAACUAGAUACCAUCUUAAAAAUGGGACAAGAAUCUCUAGAGGACAUUAUAGAACAAAAUCAUAUACUACAGCAGGCACAAAGAAAAAUGGUCUCGACAUUACAAGUGUUAGGUGUAUCUAAUGAAACUAUUGAUCGGAUUAGCAGGCAUGUAUUUAAAGACAAAAUGAUAUUCUGGAUAGCGUUGAUAUUAAUGUUUGUUGGCUUUUAUUAUGCACUUAAACUUUUGGGAUGA